GCGCCCUCGUCCUGGGAGCGGCGAGCGCAGCACGCAUCUGAAGACCUCGAAGGCUCAGGAUGGGGAACCACGCAGGGAAGCGAGACUUAGGUGCCGAGAAGGGAAAUAAGGAUGGUGGAACUAACGGAGGAGAAUCUGAAAAAAAGAGAAACCUUUGUGACCUUUCCCGGGAGACCUCAGAAGACAGUGACGUGUUUGAUGUGGACCAGAACAAUGGGACCCCCUUGCAGGACACAGCGGUGACAGACUCCAAGCGCACAGCGGGCCCAAAGAAUGCCUGGCCGGGUGCCAACCCAGCUGACCCCGGGGGCCGCCCCCAUUUGAUCCGCCUCUUUUCCCGAGAUGCCCCAGGGAGGGAGGACAACACCUUCAAAGACCGGCCCUCAGAGUCAGACGAGCUCCAGACCAUCCAAGAAGACAGCGCAGCUGCUCCCGAGGGCCUGGAUGUGAUGGCGGCUCAGAAGAGACCCUCCCAGAGGUCGAAGUACCUGGCCUCGGCAAGCACCAUGGACCACGCCAGGCACGGCUUCCUCCCCAGACACAGGGACACGGGCAUCCUCGACUCCCUCGGCCGCUUCUUUGGCGCGGACAGGGGUGCACCCAAGCGGGGCUCAGGCAAGGUCCCGUGGCUCAAGCAGAGCGGGAACCCUCUACCCCCUCAUGCCCGCAGCCCGCCCGGGCUGUGCAACGUGCACCAGGAUGGACACCACGCGGCCAGAGCCACCCACUAUGGCUCCCUGCCCCAGAAGGCGCAGCACGGGCGGCCCCAAGAUGAAAACCCCGUAGUGCACUUCUUCAAGAACAUCGUGACACCUCGCACACCUCCUCCAUCACAAGGAAAGGGGCGAGGACUGUCCCUCAGCAGAUUUAGCUGGGGAGCCGAGGGCCAGAAGCCAGGAUUCGGUUACGGGGGCAGAGCUUCCGACUACAAAUCGGGUCACAAGGGCCUCAAGGGGCAUGACGCCCAGGGCACGCUUUCCAAAAUCUUCAAGCUGGGAGGACGAGACGGCCGUUCGGGGUCCCCAAUGGCGAGACGCUGAAGCCCUGCCCCGUGUCCCGGAAUCCCGUCCGUCCCCAGCUUCUUAACACAACUGCCUGGAAGUUAACCGCGAGCCGUAGAUCCCUAACGUAGCCGCUGCCCCCUAACCCUGGCGACAGCGCACAGCAGGCCCCGCGCGCGGCCUGCCGGCUUCUGGCCGGCCGCCCCUCUGUCGCCUCGCCCUUGGAAAUCAGUGACGUCCCCCGAGAGCCGGGGCCGGCGACCCUCUCCCGUCGCCGGCCCCCGUCCCGCGAUGGCCCGGGGCGCGGCCCUGGGGACCACCGAGCGGGGCGCGCAGACCGUGCGGCUCCGAGCUUCCUUUGGUUUCUUUCCCGGCCUCCGCCGCUCACCCCGCGAAGCCUUUCCCCUUCUAACCGAUCGGCUGGGCGCGGAGCGGCUUGGCGGCGGGCGCUUUGGUACGUGACAGGCGGGCGGGCAGCGGGGACUGUUCCGCGUGGUGGCCGCGGCUCACACACCCGGAUGAGCCGGAUCGGCGCGGGCGGAGAGGGCGCGCGGGGGCAGAGUCGGGCCGGGCUCUUCUGGGAAACCGGGCGGCGACGGCACAGGCUCGGCGGGCAGCAGAGCGGCCUCGCCACGACCGGUUUCCACCCGAGCCCGGCGGCCGGCCGGGAGGUGGCGCAGCUCGGGGCGGUGGCAGGAGUUUCCGGGGAGCCUCGCGGUGGCAGGCUGGUCACCGUGAGCGCGAAGGUGACAGGUGGCGUAGCUCAGCACGGCGGUGCACACGGCAAACACUAAUCUCUCCCCCCCACGCCCCCCGCGGAAACGUAACCGUCCCGCCCGCUUCCUCCAGGAAACCCACUGACGACGAGUACGCUGGCCUUUCCCGAAUCGCCAGCCGAGCACGUGGGGAUGGGCAGAGGUCCUCCAAUCCCGCUGUUUCCUAACGCGAGCUGACAUCUCCUGCGCUCCCCCCGCUCCCCGUAACCUACUGAUUCCCGCCUUUUGAGUUCAGCAUCUCUCCCACAAGCCCUCCAAGGAGCCCCGCACACCGGCGUCAGCCCCCCUAGGAUGGAGAUGAGGACCUACUCAACAUAACGCCCAAACGCGACUCUAAUCCCCUUCUAAUUUUGAAUGUUUCGUGUGGGUUUAAUAUAAUGUCUAUUAAUAUAUAGCCUCAAUGAUGAGAGGAUAAGAAAAAAAAAAAAGGAAGAAAAUUUACGAAACAAAACCUCCAAAUUGCUAUACACACACACACACACACACACACACACACACACUCUGCAUCUUUGAGCUGACUGUUGACUGAGUGACCUCCAUUCGUGGCUACACGCAACAGCAAGAGCUGUGACCCUGGGUCUCGUGGAAAGUAUGCACUGUUCUUGAAUACUGAAAUAAAAUACACUUUUAAUGAUA